AUGGCCCGCUCGAUGCUCUUGCUCUGCCUCGGCCUCCUGGCCAGCCUGCUCCCGGCGCUGGCCGCCUGCCCCCAGAACUGCCACUGCCAUGGCGACCUGCAGCAUGUCAUCUGUGACAAGGUGGGGCUGCAGAAGAUCCCAAAGGUGUCAGAGAAGACCAAGCUGCUCAACCUGCAGCGCAACAGCUUCCCCGUGCUGGCUGCCAACGGGUUCCGGGCCAUGCCGAACCUCGUGUCGCUGCACCUGCAGCACUGCCAGAUCCGCGAGGUGGCCGCCGGCGCCUUCCGCGGCCUCAAGCAACUCAUCUACUUGUACCUGUCCCACAACGACAUCCGCGUGCUGCGCACCGGCGCCUUCGAUGACCUGACCGAGCUCACCUACCUCUACCUGGACCACAAUAAGGUGACCGAGCUGCCCCGGGGGCUGCUGUCCCCGCUGGUCAACCUCUUCAUUCUGCAGCUCAACAACAACAAGAUCCGAGAGCUGCGCGCAGGCGCCUUCCAGGGCGCCAAGGACCUCCGCUGGCUCUACCUGUCAGAAAACGCACUCAGUUCCCUGCAACCCGGUGCUCUGGACGAUGUGGAGAACCUCGCCAAGUUCCACCUGGACAGGAACCAGCUGUCAAGCUACCCCUCGGCUGCUCUGAGCAAACUGCGGGUGGUGGAGGAGCUGAAGCUGUCCCACAACCCCCUGAAAGGCAUUCCCGACAAUGCCUUCCAGUCUUUCGGCAGAUACCUGGAGACCCUCUGGCUGGACAACACUAACCUGGAGAAGUUUUCAGAUGAUGCAUUCCUGGGUGUGACCACACUGAAACAUGUGCACCUGGAGAACAACCGCCUAAACCAGCUGCCCUCCAACUUCCCCUUUAACAGCCUGGAGACCCUCACUCUCACCAACAACCCCUGGAAGUGUACCUGCCAACUUCGGGGACUUCGGAGGUGGCUGGAAGCCAAGACUUCCCGACCUGAUGCCACUUGUGCUUCACCCGCCAAGUUCAGGGGCCAGCAUAUCCGUGACACAGAUGCCUUCCGCAGCUGCAAGUUCCCCACUAAGAGGUCCAAGAAAACUGGCCGCCAUUAAACAGGUCCUGUCCCAGCCAGUCCUGGUGACUGGCCUCUGCCUUCUGCCAGAGACACUACUGACCUUCCCACCUGACUCCCACGUUCUCCCCACAGUCUCUGCUGAUGCACAGAGGUGUCCACACUUAGACACGUCCUGGCAGGGCAGUCGGGCACUUCAGUCCAAACCCAGCUCCACCUGAUUGUGAGAGAUCCAUCAUGCCUGGCCCCACGCCAUGGCUCCUCUCAGAGAAGCUGUUGCUGAGACCUCGAGUCCUUCAGAACCAGAACAAGGUGGUCAUCAGGAUGGCCCCACCCUUCCAGAAUCCUCCUUCUUCUGCUCCCUUUUCCCUGCCAUUUGGAAACAAACAUCAGAUCUUUGCACCACUCCUUGCUUCCAGAAAGGGUCCUAAGCCUGCCCCCCACCCUCCAGGACACUCUAGCAGGACACCAGUGCUUGGCCGCAUAUCCUCCUAUGCUGCAUUUCUUCCCCAGAUUUCCAUAUAUAUAAAUUUAUGUAUGUAUAAUA